AUGUCUGAUACUCGAUGGACUACUUCUUACCCACACAUGAACGAAUUCCUCUCCGAUUCUUCGCAACAGGACAACAAACCCGAUUACUAUCAUGUUAUAACUGAGGAGACAUCCCGCCUAAAGGAUAUAGAGAAGCGAAUGGCAGAGAAUGCCCAUGGAGCGGGGUGCCCCGGUUUUUCAAGAUUUAAUGAUCAAAGCGCCGAUGCCCGCUCAGUUUACGUUGGUAACUUAGACCCGUCUAUCAAUGCAGAGACGCUGCAAGAGUUUUUCAAGGGUUCCGUCAGCAGGGUGAACAGAGUUGAAAUCCAAAUUAACAAACUAACAGGGUUCGCAAAAGGAUUCGCUUUUGUGGAAUUCGCUCAGCCGAGGGAUGUCAUGGAUGCAAUUAAACUCAGUAAUACGAAGCUUGGCGGCAAGCCUUUGAAGAUAGUUCCGAAACGGCCGUCCUUCCAUCAAGAAAGCCCUAAUAGAGGUUCCCAUCGCAUGAGACGGGCAACCACGAGAACACAUCCGCCCCUGCGCGGCCGUCCACACGGCAGGCACUUACAUAAUGCCUGGCGUGGUAAUAGACGUGGUCGGGUGAGGGCAAGAGGUCGAGGCAAGCGCUUCAUUUAA